GCCCAGACAUUCUGUAAUUGUGGUGGAGGAGAAAGGAGACCCAGAAUUUGUUAAGCGUCAAGAACAAAAGUCAUCUGCCCUAGAUGAGCAGCUUAAAGAAUACAUUGCAGAAUGGCGCAAACAACGUGCAAAGGAAGAAGAGGAUCUCAAGCGGCUCAAGGAGAAACAAUCCAAGCGCAAGGUGAUGCGAGCUGAUGAGGAGAAGCGCAUGGCUGAGCGUAAGAAGCAAGAAGAAGAAAGGAGAGUGCGAGAAGUUGAGGAGAAGAAACAGAGAGACAUUGAGGAGAAAAGACGACGUCUGGAAGAAGCUGAGAAGAAGCGUCAGGCCAUGAUGCAAGCUCUCAAGGAACAGAAGCAACAGAAGGGGCCAAACUUCACCAUUCAAAAGAAGGAUCCAUCAUUCAACUUGUCGUCCGCCCAGAUUGAAAGGAACAAGACAAAGGAGCAGCUUGAGGAAGAGAAGAAGAUAUCACUCAGCUUCCGCAUUAAACCUCUGGAGAUAGAGAACUUGGGUGUGGACAAACUCAGAGCCAAGGCAACUGAACUCUGGGAAGCCAUUGUCAAGCUCGAAACAGAGAAGUAUGACUUGGAGGAAAGGCAGAAGAGACAGGAUUAUGAUUUGAAAGAGCUGAAGGAAAGACAGAAGCAGCAGCUUAGGCACAAAGCUCUCAAGAAGGGACUGGACCCUGAAGCUCUGACAGGCAAAUAUCCACCCAAGAUCCAGGUAGCCUCCAAAUAUGAACGUCGUGUAGACACAAGAUCUUACGAUGACAAGAAGAAGCUGUUUGAAGGGGGUUGGGCCACAAUAAGUUCAGAGAGUAGUGAGAAAAAUUGGAAAUCCAAGUAUGACUUGUUUACCAACAGAAGCAAGUCCAAGCUGCCCAAGUGGUUUGGUGAGCGACCUGGAAAGAAGAAGGGUGAUCCUGAGAGCCCUGAGGAAGAGGAAGUGAAGGCUGAUGUGGGCGUUGAUGAAGACCUUGAGGAACCUACUUUUGAACCUGAGCCUGAGCCAGAGGAGGAGGAGGCUGCUGAGGAAGAGGUUGAGGAAGAAGAAGAGGAGGAGGAAGAGGAAGAAGAGGAAGAGGAAGAAGAAGAAGAGGAAUAA